ACUUUCCCUUCGGUAAUUGGUAACCUUCGUGUACUGAUAACCUUCGACACCUCAUCCAUUUCGAGUAAUUGUGUUUGUUUAUUAACUACUGUGUAUACUAGGUGGUUCGCCUUAUCUUUUUCUUCGAAAAUAACUUCGCUAUCACUGUAUGAUUAAAAAAGCCGAGUCCAGAGCAAUAUCAAGUUACGUUCACAACAAGAGAACUUCACGCCUUUUUAUUUCUAACAAAAACGUGCCUAUUAUUGUAGCAGGAUGUCACUUAAUGUUUCUCGUCCGUAUUCUCGACAAAUUUUCAAGAAAGUUUCACACUAACAGCAUUUUAAAUAGUUGCUCAAGAAAGCAGACACACUUUGGAAUAUAUUACAAAGUUUUGUCAAAUUGUAAUUUUACUUAACCCGAGGAGGAAUUGUUUACGGGUAACUUUUGUUUAACUAUAUUAACUACAAAGAGAUGAACCAGUCACAUAUUACUCGUUUAUUGAGACAAACUUUCAUUACCCCAUACAUUCAGCAUAGGAAAUCAUCUUCACAGAACAUAAUUCGAGAUGGCAUUGUUGGAAUGGUUGGAAAUACCCCUUUGAUUAAGUUAAAACAAGUGAGUAAAGAAACAGGUUGUGAGAUCCUUGCUAAGGCAGAAUUUUGCAAUGGAGGUGGUUCUGUUAAAGACAGAGCAGCUUAUUACCUAAUAAAAGAUGCUGAAAAAAAAGGACAACUUAAGCCUGGAGGUACAAUUGUGGAAGGCACUGCUGGAAAUACUGGAAUUGGCCUUGCACACAUGUGUCUUUCUCUUGGUUAUAAAUGUGCAAUUUUCAUUCCUGAUACUCAGUCCAAGGAAAAGCUUGACAUGCUUAAACUUCUUGGUGUGCAGUUAUUCCCUGUUCCUGCUGUACCACUUACUGACCCAAAUCACUAUAACCAACAGGCACGAAGGUAUGCUGAAAGUAUAGAGAAUGCUGUGUGGACAGACCAGUUUGAUAAUCUAGCAAACCGACUUGCUCAUAUGGAAACAACUGGACCUGAGAUAUGGCGAGAAACUAAGGGUAGAGUUGAUGCUGUCACAUUUGCAUCUGGAACUGGUGGGACAUUUUCAGGUGUGGGUAUGUACCUGAAAGAAAAAAAUCCUAAUAUACAGGCUGUGCUUGCUGACCCACCUGGCAGUGUUGUCUACAACUGGUUUAAACAUGGCAAGCUUGAGAGAGCAGGUGAUGUAUCCAUCACAGAAGGUAUUGGCCAAGGAAGAAUAACUGGUAACAUGCAAGGAGCUUUAGUUGAUGAUGCUUUGUUAGUUUCAGAUACAGAAUCUGUGGAAAUGGUCUUUCGACUCUUAGGAGAGGAAGGUUUCUUUGUGGGUGCAUCUUCAGGGCUCAAUGUCGCUGCAGCUGUUCGUGUGGCAAAAUCUCUAGGACCAGGACAUACAGUGGUAACUUGUCUUUGUGAUACUGGCCAGAGGUAUUACAACAAAUUGUUCAGUGAAACAGAAUUGAAAAAGAGAGGGUUGUAUGAAGCUGUACCAGAGCAAUAUCGUAGUUUCCUUCACACGCCAUUGGAAAACUAAUUCCCAAAGAAUGAGCAAAUGUAAAUUAAUUAUACAAGAAAAUAUUGAAGAAAUCAAAACAAAUUUACAAAAUGAUGUAUAUUUUCUUUAAUUUAUAAAGUAUAAUACAGUAAUUAUAGAGAUAAAUGGACUUCAAAUUUAGGACAGAAGGCAGCAUACAUUCGCUGGAUGUAAUAAUCAGGUAUAAACCAAGUUAUCUCGACCAGUCCCAGAGUUUUCAUUAAAAAUAAACAAUUUUUCAUACAGUGCGCAAUACAUGUGGCAGAAAUGUUUAGAAUCUAAAGGUUACUCUCAUCAAUUUGUAGCAAUAUGAAACUUUUGGUAAGAAUUUAAACCACACAUAUUUAGAGUGAAUUGUAUCUGAGAUAUAUUUGCUAUUAUUGGAAAUUUUUUCAGAUCAGUAGUGGUGACUAAAAAUUGCUAAUUGUUUUUCUUUCUUCAGAAAAAUAAAUGAUUAAAAAAAUUUUAA